AUGAGAAAACCCUACAAACUGAAGCUGAACAUGUUUGCCAACCUGAGUGCGUAUGAGUUCUCCAAAGCGUACACCUGUACCUCUAAAGUGAAGAAGGAUUACGAGAUGAUAGUCGCUUCCCAUGAUCCGCGCGUUUACGAGAAUAAAGUUCAUCCUCCUGAUUCGGUGGAUUGGAGAAAAAAUGGAGCCGUAACAGAUGGUGUGUUGACCACGGCAAACUGUGGAACGAAACUGACCCAUGCGAUGACUGUGGUCGGGUAUGGGUUGGACCCAGACGGGAUAAAAUAUUGGAUAGUGAAGAACUCGCACGGUUCCAAAUGGGGAGAAGGGGGGUAUAUUAGGAUCGAAAGAGGGAUUGCUGAUCCGAAAGGGCGCUGCGGAAUUGCCAUGGACCCUGUGUACCCGCUCAAGUCCCCCGUCCGUUGAUAUAAGUUGUUAAAUAUAACUAGGUGAUGACCCAUAUACAUGUGGGUUUAUAUUUAAUUAUAUAUUUUUUAAAUGUAAUGAAUAUAAUAUUUUAAGUAAUUUAUGUAUUUUUUGGUUAUAUGUAUUUUUUAUAUUUAUUGUUUAGUUUACUGUUUAAAAAUUAAAAUUUUUUUUUUCUUAAAAAAGGAAUAACAUAAAUAUGUAGUUAUUAAAAAAACAACCAAACAAUUUGAUUUUACAAAAG